UAGACUCCUGGCAAGCAUGGAGGAAUACGCAAGCUAGCUAGCUAACUAACCAGCGACUUAAUGAGUAAAACGUUGCUUCAGCCACACACCUUUGUAGUUGAUAUUAAAGUGCAUCACGAACGUGGAGCCAACUGUGUGACCAUUAAUUGAACGACAUUUCCACCACACUUUUGUUUACACUUUCUGGACGGUUUGAGUUGUAUCUUUGUGAACACAAAGACCCAGUUGGAAGAUUUAAAAUGAUGUAUUAUCCUCACAUUGGUUUGAUUCAGGACCUUUAGGUGUGACCCGGCCCUUGAACUCACAUGGUGUCACAAUAUCCCUAUAACCUUUCCACUCUCCUUCCUCUCUGUUUUAUUCCACCACCAGGUUGUGACGCCAUGUUGGCGGUGUGUGUGAGGCUGCUUUUACUUCUCCCCCUGGCUUGCUGCGUCCCCUCCCCCUCCAGACCCCCUUCCAGACUCUGCAGGCGGUGCUGCGAACACCAGGAGCAGCCAGCAGCCACGACCCAAUAUCAGAUGCCUGAGGUCCGCACAGUCAUCAACAUGACCAUCCUCAAAGGUGAUAAAGGAGACAGAGGAGACAAAGGUACACCUGGCAAGUCCGGCUUAGAGGGACCUCCCGGCAACCGAGGACUUUUGGGCCCUAAAGGCACUAAAGGUCAGGCAGGUGUCCCCGGAGACGCCUGCAAGAUCCCUCACUCCUCCUUCUCGGUGGGACGCCGUAAGUCCCUGCACAGCGUGGACUACUACCAGGCGCUGGUGUUCGACACGGUGUUCGUCAACCUCCACGAGCACUUCAACAUGUUUAAGAACAAGUUCUACUGCUACGUUCCGGGGAUCUACUUCUUCAACGUUAACAUCCACACCUGGAACUUCAAGGAGACCUACCUCCACCUGAUGCACAACGACAAGGAGCAGGUGAUCCUGUACGCUCAGCCCAGCGAGAGGUCCAUCAUGCAGAGCCAGAGCGUCAUGAUGGACCUGGCUCUAAACGACGAGGUCUGGGUUCGGCUCUACAAGAGGGAGAGAGAGAACGCCGUUUACAGUGACGACGUGGAUGUUUACAUCACCUUCAAUGGAUACCUGGUAGCACCUAGCAUCGAGUGAGACGAGAGAUGUGAGGAGUAAUGAGAGGCAGAAUCUCUGGCUCGGAUUACUUCACCUUCAUGCCGAGAGAGGAGAACUAAAAAGGCUUUGGUGCAAACGUUUGGUGCUUAUUAAAAAUCCCUUUCAGCCUGGAGAGGAAUGUACUGUGCUUUUCUUAAAGGUAUACUUCACCCGGAAAAUGAUCGUUUGUACAUCAAUUACCCCCCCCCCCCCACCGUGGUACCUUGAAUUCUUGAAGGCAGUGAUGGAAGAGUUGCAAUUAGUACGAUCUUGUUUUUGUAUGCGGAUGCUUUGAUAUAGUUGUGCUGCUGUUAAACGCGGCCCACGUUUACUUCAAUUCAUCAAGACUUUUCGGAUUCUGCAUUCACCGUGGAGGCAUGCGAGAAAAACUAAGUUUUCUUUAAGAGUUCAAGGUCACGCACGGUGAGUAACUGAUGUACAAAAGGUCAUUUUCAGCGUGAAGUAUUCCUUUGAGGAGGACUGCCCAAUAUUAGACUCAAAGGGAACAACAACAGGUAGCACAGCACAGCAUUAGGAGGCAUGUUGAAUUACUUCCUUUUUCCUAAAACACUUUUGUACAAAGUAAAUCAUUUUUCCUUCUCCUGCGCUGGGCUGCUCUUCCUCUCCACUCCUUUCAGGGCCUUUGUGUGUAACCACAAGUUGUAUCAGGAAUCUUACAUCUGUGCAAUCAAUUAUGUAUUUGUGCUACAAAGAGAGCUUCUGUCAAAUGUGUUCAGGCUGCUGUCAUACCUUAUACAAAGGUUUCCUUUGUGCCUUUCAGGAGAACGCUUGGCUUUAAAGGGUUAGUUCACCCAAAUUGCAAAAACACGUCGUCCCACUUAUGGUGGUACAUCAUAAGUGCCCCCACAUGUAGGUACUGCAAGAGAUGUUUCCAACCUUUUCACCAGUCGGCUCUUCUAUAUGUAUGUUCCUAUACAAUGAAGCUGCAAUGUACGUUUCUCAUCAAAGUCUGCAGACGUCUGUGUCGGGUUACAAACGUACUUAUUUUAAGCCGAACUUUGAUCUUUUUUCUAAACCAGAACAAGUUGUUUUGUUGCGUUUUUGUUUUGUUUUAUUUAAAUGCACAACGUUAACCAUGUGCUUAAAUCUGCGAACGUAAUCAUGGAGAAAAUACGUUUCCCUUCAAAUGUAGUUGAUAAUGUAGUUUAGUUGUAUGUGAAUGUUAGAGGAGACUCAACCUGUGCGUCCAGAGGCCCAGGAUACCCCAGUGGCUCUCUGACCAUGUGCUCCAUCACAGUGCAACAUAGUCAGUGAAAGCCUAAAAAACAAAUAUGUUAGUAAAUUACAAUUACAAAAACGUUAGAAAAACAUCUUAGGUCCAAAUAAGACUUCUCAAGUAUUUCUAUAGAUUAGUCUAAAGAAAGAGUUUCUAUGAUUGUUCCCAGGAUAAGAACCGUGACCAUGUUGCUGCUGAUGUAGGCAGUUCAGGUAACAUAGUCAGUUACUUUAGUUCGCUUUGGUGAACUGACCCUGUAAACAGAAUACACCCCAACAUAUCACAAUGAAAAAAGGUGCUUUAUUUCCAAAUGCAGGAAUGCAUUAUGGUGCUGACGAUUAAAUAUGGUGCAUUCUUACAGAGACUUCAAACUGCAGAGCAGUUUGUGUAAAUAGCUGUAUAAUAGCUGUCUUUAUAAUCUGUGCUUCAACUGUGUAUGUGUGUUUUUAUUUCCUGCUUCAUUAAACAAGUAUCUCUUUGUUCUGUAUCACUGAGCAACAAAAAGGCACUUGAUUAUGAAAAAUUAAACAUUUUCAAAAUGAAAAA